ACGUGGCUAACAACAAGCUCACGGACAUCUUGUCAGCUCAGAUCACACUGAAAGAGAAGUGUACACGCACAUCAGCUUUUACAGUUAACGACAGGGAUCAGGACCUGUCGAUAUUGGCAUAUCAUUUAGGAACAUCAUUUAUUUUUUUACACAUUGAAUGCUAGCUGUUUUUUUAAAUUAUUAUUAUUUUUAUUUUUUUGACAUUUUUAAUGUUAGUUUUUAGCUAGCUCUCAGGUUAGUACACACAUUGAGAAAGAAAGAGAGAAAGAGGAAUAGUGGGCUAGUGAUUCAGGAGCUACUGAACCCAUUGGGAAGAUGGCGCUUAAACGAAUCCAAAAGGAACUGACUGACUUGGCACGUGAUCCUCCGGCACAAUGUUCAGCAGGUCCAGUGGGGGAUGAUGUGUUCCAUUGGCAGGCAACAAUCAUGGGCCCUAAUGAAAGUCCAUAUCAGGGUGGUGUUUUUUUCCUAACCAUACACUUCCCAACAGAUUACCCCUUUAAACCACCAAAGGUUGCUUUUACUACAAGAAUUUACCAUCCAAACAUUAACAGUAAUGGCAGCAUCUGUCUGGAUAUCCUCAGGUCUCAGUGGUCACCUGCACUUACUAUUUCUAAAGUUCUCCUGUCCAUCUGCUCACUCUUAUGUGACCCUAAUCCAGACGACCCUCUUGUGCCAGAGAUUGCCCGAAUCUAUAAAACAGACACAGAGAAGUAUAAUAGAAUGGCAAGGGAAUGGACAGAGAAAUAUGCCAUGCUGUAGGUGAAGGGAAACGCUGCAUUGUGAACAUUAGAGAUACAACAGAAUAGCACGGGAAUGGACUCAGAAAUAUGCCAUGUGAUGUUGGCUGGACACAUUUACAAACUGUUUGUUCUCAUGUUUCGGACACUGUUGCAAGACCAUAUUUUUCCAUCUGUCUCUUAUGGAGGCACAACCCCAGUUUUCUUCUCAAUCAGGAAUUCAGCCUGCUUUUGGCCUUUCCAGACUUCAUGGAUCCAUCUGUCCAAUGGAAACUCCACUCCCAGCUCUGCCGCUUUGAUCGCUCUACCAAUGGACUUGUCUCACCCUGCAACACAUGCCAUGCCUGUUUGACCACAGUGUGUUCUCUCUGAGCCACUCUGAGCCAGAGAAUGUCUUUAGGCUGUUCUGCUUCUGGAGUGCAUGCAAUCACAGGAAAUAAGGACAGAUGUUGUACAUCAGUGGGAGUUUGGGACUGAUUCCUGUAUUCUCUCUGAUUGUAAAGAUUUGCAACAUUCAGAUCAGAUCUCUGCCCACCUUUCACAGCUGUGGCACUGAAAUACAGCUCACUCAAUGUCUGUUUAAAGUUACCCCCCCCCCCCCCCUCCCCUCAAUAAAGAUGCAU